AUAUCCCUACACAAAGUUCUGUGCAAGAUCGCCAUCUUUGUCACAUGUUCAAUUUUCCAUCUCAUGUGACCUGUUGUUUGGCCCCGUGAUCAAGCUUGUUUUAUUUCCAGGCAAAUUCAAACCUUUGCCAAAUCGUCCCACAUGGAUAUGCUAGAUCAGGCCUUAGAGGCCAGUCAUGAAGACACUAAAGAUUCCACUGGUUCUGAUGAUGUCCAAUUAACAGGAGAUGGAGAUGAGGGGAUUGGAACAGUACAGAAUGUAGGACAGUCUCAAAUUACUCUUGAUCCCAAUCUGCAGUACCAAUUCAGAACAGAUACAGGUCAGGUAACUUAUAGAGUGGUCCAGGUAACAGAUGGUACUGAAGGGGUUGUUGCUACUAAUGCUUUCCAACCAGGUGCACAGGCAGUUAUACAGAGUCCAUUCAGCAAUGGGGGCAGCCCCACCCCAGACACUCAAGCCACCGAAACAAGGUUCACAUAUUUUCCAACAACAGUCGUCACAAAUGCAGACCAAGUCACUUCACAAGGAGAUGUUGUUGGCACAAAUGCAGCUUUGGGUCAAGUUUCAGCCACAGCAGGUGCUUGGACAGGUGAUACAGGAGUCCAACAAGGUCAGUUCUAUGUGAUGAUGUCCCCACAAGAAGUCUUACAGGGUCAGAGAAAUAUAGCCCCACGUACAGGGUUCAGUCCAAAAGUGGAGGGAGUUAGGACUGGUAGAGAUGACAGACGGAGAGCUACCCACAAUGAAGUGGAAAGAAGAAGAAGAGACAAGAUAAAUAACUGGAUUGUACAGUUGUCCAAAGUCAUCCCCGAUUGUUCACAGGAACACACAAAACAAGGACAGGUAUCAGGGAGUAAAGGAGGAAUUUUAUCAAAAGCUUGUGAUUAUAUAACUGAGCUGAAGACUGCAAAUUUGCGAAUGAGUGAUUCUCUGAAGGAAACAGAAAGACUGUCAGUGGACUUGGAACUUUUAAGACAGCAAUGUGAGGAACUGAAGAACGAGAAUUCAAUUCUGCGAGCUCAACUUCAAUCUCAUGGGCUUAUUCCUGACAUUCCAGGCACCAACUCCUAACUAGUGCUUCACUCUCGUAAAAUAUGGAAUAUAGGAUCUACUGUGUCUUUAUUGUUUUCACUGUUCAUGUAAUAACUCAGCCAUGUUGUGAUUGAGAUACAGACCAUUCAUACAUUGGACAGGCAUUCUGACAUACAUGUACAUGCAUUCUGUAUCAAUGCCCCAAACUGUUUGAAGCACACAUUUGUCACAUGAUUUUAUUUUUUUUAAUCAGUCUUUAUCAUGAAAUGGAUUUUUUUUUUGAUUUCUAUGAAAUCUUGCAAUUGACAUUGUGUAGCUUUUUUCAUUCUCGUAUAAGGGCAUCUUCAGAAAUUUUUAGUUUUCUUGCAGUUUCAAUUUUACAAUUAUUUCAUAGUAGCACUGACAAAAAUUUCAAUUUCAAAGUUCUCUUCAUGCAUAAUUUGACUAUCAUCCUAUUCUAUAAAGUGUAAAUACAUUUUCAAAAAAAUGCUGAAUAAUUUGUUGGUUACAUAUUCAUGUACAAAUUACCAUGAUUCGCAAUGAAAGCUAGGUACAUUCAACUUCAGUGAGAAAAAUGCAUUUUUAUUGAUAUUUUUCCAAGUGCUAGCCUUUAAUUUACAAGAUGAACACAAGUUAAUAGUUUCUGUCAACUUAAACAAGUGAUUUUUUUUUAGAAGAAUUGCAUGUUCAUAUACUUCGAAAACAUUUUAUUGCUAUUGAAUUCGCUUUAUAUCUAAAAUAAUUUUUUUUUAAUUUGGUGUUUUUUAUUUUAUGAUAUGCAGUUUUGAAAAUAUAAGAUAAAACAAAUUUGAAACAGACCUUGACAAUCAAUGAACUAGGCAUUUUUCACUUGUACAUAAAAGUUGCCUGACAAAGUGAAAGUAGAUUUGUCUUAUGAUAUCAUUUUAGAAGAUGC